AUGGGUGAAAAGGUGUAUUUGAUGAAGAUCCCGAACCAGUAUGGCGACAACACCGGUGUUCGUCCGCCCUGGCACGUCCUUUUGCAGUACGAAUUCCAGGUGAGAAAGGAAGCUGUGAAAACCUCAGUGAGGGAAAAUAGGCCGCUAGCGGAGGUGCUACCCGAAAAGUCGAAGGAUUCCGAGAUCCGUGAGCAGCAUUUCAUCUCGCCCAUCGCGCUCCAGAGCGUGAUCAACGAGGGCCGGGGGAAUCGUCUUCGGUGGCAACAGCAGACGCCGACGCAGCAGCGUUGGCAACCCUAUCAACCUUGGAGCCGCAACACCGAGAAGGGGGAUAAAGGCUCUAAAGGGAAGCUCAUUGACAACAAGGGCGACUACAAAGGGGGAAAAUCGAAGGGCUCAAAGGGGAAGGACAAGAAUGGGAAAGGGAAGCGUGUGCUGACGCACACGCCAGAUGGUCAGCAGAUCUGCUAUGCCUUCAACGAAGGUGGCUGCGAUGGAUCAUGCGGUCGAGUGCACAUCUGUCAGGUUCCCGGUUGCGGCCAGCAGCAUCCGAUGUGGCAGCACUGGCAGAAGAAGGCUGGUGCGGGCGAUGGUUCCAAUAGUGCGGACAAAGAUCUGGCUCUUCAGUAUGACAUUCAUUUGCAAGUGCGAGCCCUGGAUCUCAAACGUGACCCAGGGCAUGACCUCACUAGUAAGAGCCUGUGGGAGGAGAUCUUUCGUGAUAUUUCCGCGGGACUCUGGGAUGCGACUUGGGCGCUCUACCAAUGGCCACUGGCAGAGGCAUCAGAGUGGCCUGAUUUCGAUGAUGAAGGUUGGUAUGUAGGCCCACUCAGCAACUGUGGCCAGCACCACGACCAGCCAUUGCAAGGUUUGGAUGGCGAUCAGUGGCGCACAGGCCCGUCCGCAGCGUAUCCCUCGGCCUUCCGCUUCUACCUUGCACAGCUCUGUCUUGGAGCCGUAGUUACAGCACCGCAGCUUGCAAAUACAGGCGACGUGGGACGCGUCGAACAUGAGGCCGAGCGCUAUGCAAUGCAGGAAUUGGCCACCGGCAAACCGGUGACUAGGACUGCGGUCAGUACUCUUUUCUCUUUGCUCCCCAAAGAGCCUCCCCACAAAGCCGCUGGUUCCCUUGAGGGUCUGGUUUUCGUUUCGGGGGGUUACUCUAAAGGGGGCAUUGUGGGACUGCGGCAGAAUUGCCGUGUGUUUCCACGCAGCACACAGCUUUUCAACAAGUUCAUCAAGGAACAAGCGCCAGAUCACUGCUAUGCCGCUUUCAGCCUUUUACACAACGUCAAGGCCGAGGUCCACAAAGACCUUGGCAAUGCUCAGACCAUGAACUUGCUCAUCGGAGUGAGCCAGUUUGUGAACGGUGGGCUGUGGGUGGAAGCAUCUGACGGCGCUCACAAAAUGACCAUCAAGCAUCAAGAUGUCUUCGGCACUGUGCAUGCAGUUUGCAACAGCACCGUCUUGUUCGACGCUCGCAACUCGUGGCACGCCACGAUGCCUUGGACAGGUGAUAGAUUGGUGAUCGCUGCCUACAAUCCAGCCUUUGCUGAUAAUAACUUGCCGGCCCAGCAACGUCAGCAGCUACGUGAUUUGGGUUUUCCUUUGGAUUUAGACCCCCAAGGUGCCACUGUCCCUUCCUCCUCUCCGCUCCCUAGCGGGCUGGGGGAUGCGGGCGGUGACUCGGAGGUCCUUGAUGCUGCCGGCGAUGACGGCGACUCGGCGGUACAAGAGGAGGUCCAAGUGCUGGGGAGUUCUGAAGAGGAUGCUAGCGAAGGCAAAGGGGAGAAAUUCGACCCAAGCUUUAGUCGGGCCUUGGGUCCGCCGAUGCAAUGCCACCAUGAAGGCUAUACCAAGGAGUUCGUGGAUGGAUUUGGUCUAUGCUCUCCUGGCCGCUGGCUUCCGGAGGCCAGGGGACACCUGCAGACCUUGGAGGAACGCAAGCACGUGAUGGCCAUUACGAGAAUCUUGGAAGACCUUGUGCAGGAUGCUAUUCCGGAUGUCAAACGCAAAUCCAUGGAGUUGGCUCUGGGCAGACUUGAAAGUUCGCCGUUCUCCGAGGAGCAGCUUUGGCGGGCAAGGGAAAGGAUCUGCAAUCUGCUACCAGCCCCUGAAACCGCCAAGGAAGUUCCUGAGCGACAACCUUUCAUGUUGCAUAUGCUUGGACAAUCUUUGAAGCUUUUGAACGACCCGGAUUGGGAGAUACUCUGCCAGGGACCCGAGUCUUUUGCAGAAGGUGUGCCGCUUGGUUGCAACGGUGAGUUGAAGAGGACCGGCGCAGGUCUUCCGCGAGCGUGUCAAGAGCCGUAA